AUGUCCCAAUUCGGCUCGAAUUUGGACAUAAGCACAGGAGCAAAAGAGCAUAAGCUCCUCGCCCCGGCGCUUCUUCUUCUACUCCUACAAAGGUCUUACUACUACUUCUACAAAGGUUCCAAAAGCCCUCCGCCUGAAACCCGAUACGAUUCCGACGCUUCGGCUACCGUUGCCCUCGAACAGGAGAGAGUCGCCAAGCGUCAAAGGACCACGGGCGAUGAUUUGGUAUCGGCGAAUGAAGCUCCUAUGGAGAGCGCCCCUCUUCAAGAGUGCUGCUGCUGCGUUGCCUGGAAAGCGGGAGCGGACACUACAUAUCGCUGCUUACAAGACAGGCCAGAAACACACGACGUAGCUCUGCGAGUUGAUAUACGAGGCAAGGCAGGUAUGAAGGAUGCAGCUGUGCAAGCUUCAACGGCGACUCAACAAGCAGCUACACACAAUCAAGGUUCUUCGCUUGGUCGAACGGCAGUUGAUAAGCAGGUCAACUUCCAGCAGGUCUAUGCAGCGAUGACCUGUGCGGUGCAAACGGAGAGCUGGGUGCCUUCUUUCCCCGUGCUUCCUACCCGCUCACUGCUUUCACCAGCUCCAGUUGUGACGCUGCUCGUCGCUUCCCUCCUUGAAGAAGACCUUGAUCCCGGCCAAGAAAUGGAUAAAGACUGGACACCACUCAGCGAGCAGUCAGAAGACGACAUGCGUUCAAGGGAUCACACCAUAGAACCCGGGUCGCCCCUGCAGGAUGAGAAAAAUUAUGUUGUCUUCGAAGGCUGCCUGCUGGAACUCUUCACCAUCUGCCGGACUUGCCUCAUGAAGUGCGAGCCCAGCCUAACUGUGAAAGGAACCCUGGUGAAGGUGGAGACCAUCUGCAAAGACGCACACUACCAUACCUGGAGCAGUCAGCCAGUCAUCAAGGGCAAGGCUGCUGGGAGCUUGCUACUGUCCUCAGCAAUCUUCUUUUCUGGAGCCAGCCCAACGGCCACAUUACGUUGUGACGUUUUCGUCUGAUGAAAAGUGCGGAUUCUCUCCGAAACUGUGGGGUACGCCACACAGCUAGUCAUCGAUGUGCGCGUGGGCGUGUGUGCGUGUGGGAGAGGGAAGAAGAGCGAAGCAAGGAGGGGCUCUUCGGGACCGGUGAGGAAUGCGGAUGCACCCCUCCGAAACUGCUGGGCAUCUACCCUCCGAUGGGUGAAAUGGGCUACACGGCUAGGCGUCUACCCUCCGAUGGGGGCAAUGGACAAGCCGGAAGAAGGGAAGAAAAAGGGAAGAAAGCCCAGCGACCAGCUCUCUCGGGCGGCGGAGGUGAAGGGUGGGAGGCGAGGCCAGGCCAGUGGGAAGCGGAACGAAGGGAGUCGGUGAGGCUGCGGGGCGACAUCAACGAGAGUUUUGACGUUCCUCGACUCGGCGAAACUUCGGCACAACCUCCGAGACGUCCAAGUUCCCAUCGAGACUCCACCCAAGCAGUCAUCCAUGUGCGUGGGUGUUCGCCCUUGGAACUCCUUAUCGCGUAGUGGCGUAGAACUCUGCCGAAACAUUCCUAUUUUUUUUUUUUUUU